GAAUGCAUGCAAAAUUGUUUGGAAUGUUUCCAGGAAAGCAUGAUAACUUUAAUGGUUUCCUUCACCAGCCUUGUCACUCACACUUUACGAAACCUUUCCCUGAAGCAGCUGGGAAUGUAAAACAACAAGGAAAUUACUCAUCGACCAAGAACUUGUUGGCUUGUUUUUGUGCUACAUUGCUCCCAGCCCAUCAGAUCAUGCCCCCCUUAAGUGAGAACGUGUCUGUUUGUAUGUGGUCCGCUGUAUGGUCUAUGAUAUGGAUGAGUCUGCAGUUGUAUGAAAACAGUUAUUACAUAAAUGAGUGUUUAUAGUCUAGACUUUAACCUUUAUUAUCCACAGAAGACCUGUUGUUCAUUCACAAUGCAUGUGACCGAAGCUGCCCAUGUAGCUUUGGACACUGUUUUAUGUCCACGGUAUAUAGGACCUGCAGGGAGCACGAGGAUCGACAUGCAAGGUGCUGUUGUUUUGCCGAGCCCAAUGACUAUGUGUUGACAGCGUUCAUGAUACAGCGGGUCUUUUCAGCAAUCUCCGCGUUCCGCUUCAUUGAGUAAAGGAGGACGGGGAUCAUCAAGAAAGAUGUUCUUCGUGGCCGGGGCCAAAAAUACAGCAUCAGGUGGAGGAAAUGAAAGGAGGUCAAUUUAUCAGAAAUUUCGUGAGGUAGACUUACUGGACAAGAAGAAGACCGUGACGGCUUUAAAGCCUGGUGAAGAUCGCGCUAUUCUCCUGGGUCUUGGAAUGAUCUUCUCCUCUGUCAUGAUGUUCUUUGUGCUUGGGAUCACCAUAUUACGUUCGUACGCAGACAGUGUGUGGACAGAGGAAGGUGUGUGUGUUGUUCUCAACUCCACGGUCACAGCAGACAUGAACUGUUCCUACAACUGUGGCUCAGACUGCUGGAGAGUCUCCAAAUACCCCUGUCUGCAGGUCUAUGUGAACGUCAAUAACACGGGCCGCAUCACUCGAUUAUCUCACAAUGAAGAGACACAGGAUGCCAGCUCUGAAGUGCCAGAAGGACAGCUCCCAAAUGCACAACAUGAUCAUGAACAUCUCCGAGCGCCUGAAGGCCAACCAGCAGGUCCCAUGCUACUACGACCCCAGCGAGCGGCAGGAGACAGUUCUGCUGACCCGUCUCUACGAUCACAGCGUCGUGUUCCACUCGCUGCUGUGGCCCUCGUGCAUGUUUGUAGGAGGGGCCCUCAUAAUUGUGAUGGUCAAGCUCACACAGUACCUCUCCAGGCUGUGCGAAGAGAUCGGGAAGAUCAAGAGGUGAAGCGGUUGUACAGUCAAAGACGAAAACCAAGUGACCAUUCUGUGAACUGGCACAGCUGACUGUCUCAAGAUCAAGGAUGUGACUGAAUGAAAGUUCCCAAAGAGGACACUUUCCAACAUGGCUGUUACAAGAACACUCGGUUUUGCAUGGAGUCAUAACGGUGUAAAAUUGGACUGCUUGGGGGACUGUUUACAAGUUUUCUGCCGUUAAUGUGAAAUAUAUCCUAUUAGAGGCAUGUCCUCACAAUGUCACGUAUGAUAUUCACGAAAAUACAGAGCUUCUCUAUGAUCUAAGAUAGAGUGAAGCCCUGCUGUCUUUUUCAAAGAAUGUUUGAAAUAUGAAGAGAAAAGCUAAUUUUGAUAUCUUUCACUGACUUCAGUAUGUUCUUUCUGAAUAAUAUGCUCUCAAAUAUUCCUGUGACCAAAAACAAAACAUAAGCAGUAGGUCUGUC